AUGGCAAACCGAACAGACAACUCAACACGCUGUUCGACUAGUAAAAAACCUAAUGACGGCUUGAUGCUUAUACUAGCGACUUUCACAGGAAUAGCUAUCGGAUUUUUAUUAGGAGUAUCUUUCCCUACUUUGUCACUAACUAAAAUGAAUUUUCCAUCAAGCAUAGUUCCUUCUGUUAAUACUGUUUAUAUAGAAGAAGAGAAACCAGAGAGAUCAUCAAAGAAAGUUCUUCCACCUCAAGAGCUUAAUAAUUCAAGUGGUGCAGCAUUUCAUAAGAUUUGGGUUCCAUCGAAUCCUCGAGGAGCAGAGAUGUUGCCUCCAAGGAUUGUUGCAGCUGAAUCAGAUUUCUACUUACGAAGACUGUGGGGAUUGCCUAAAGAUGAUUUGCCGGCGGUGAAGCCUAAGUAUCUUGUUGCCUUUACCGUUGCUUAUGGACAGAGGAAAAACAUCGAUGCUUGCAUCAAGAAAUUCUCAGAUAACUUCACUAUUGUUCUGUUUCAUUACGAUGGAAGAACCUCGGAAUAUGAUGAAUUUGAAUGGUCGAAACGUGCGAUACACGUGAGUGUACCUAAACAAACUAAGUGGUGGUAUGCUAAAAGGUUCCUGCAUCCUGAUAUUAUAGCACCUUAUGAGUAUAUAUUCAUUUGGGAUGAAGAUCUUGGCGUUGAAAACUUCGAUGCAGAAGAGUACAUCAAGCUUGUAAAGAAGCAUGGUCUAGAAAUAUCACAACCCGCUGUGGAAUCAAGAAAAUCCAUCACAUGGAAGAUAACAAAAAGAAUACCCGGAAUCGAAGUUCACAAAGAAGUUGAAGAGAAACCAGGCCGAUGCAAUGAUCCUCACAAGCCUCCUUGUGCAGGGUUUAUAGAGAUUAUGGCUCCAGUUUUCUCAAGAGACUCGUGGCGUUGCGUGUGGCAUAUGCUUCAGAACGACUUGGUUCAUGGUUGGGGUCUUGACUUCGCUCUAAGGAAAUGUGUUGAGCCAGCAUAUGAGAAGAUUGGUGUUGUGGAUUCUCAAUGGAUCAUUCAUCAAAAGAUUCCUUCUUUAACAGACCAGGGAACCGUUCAAGCGGGGAAAUCCGCGUUCCAAGGGGUAAGGGAGAGAUGUAAACUGGAAUGGACAAUGUUUCAGAAAAGAAUGAGUCGAUCAGAGCAGAAGUAUCUGAAAGAAAUUGCAUCUGCGUCUUCAAACUCUACUUGA